UCGUGUUAGUUUUGUUUCCUUCUGUACUCACGGGGCGCCGCGUCAGAAGCUUUAUAGCAAAUAUUUUUGGACCUUUAACAACUCUUGAGGAAAAAAAAAAUACAAAUUAAUGUUACAGUAGAAAUUUACUGCUUCACAGGUUGCAACUAUUAUGGCCGGUGCCACCACAAAGACUGUACACGAUAUUUUUCAAAGCAUGGAGUACGGACCAGCAGCAAGUUCCAGCACUGCCUCUGCACAGGCCUGGCUGAAUCAUCAUUCCCGUGCUCUGGGUCUGUUUAUCGAUGGCAAGUUUGUCCGUCCAGAAGACAGACAGACUCGCUCACUGAUGGACUCCAGGGGUGAUCUUGUGUGUCACACGGUGUGCGCUGUAGAGGCUGAUAUUUCCCAGUGUAUAUCCUCUGCCCUUCAGGGCUUUGAUGUUUGGAGGGGCCUCUCCUGCUACCAGAGGUCCAAAGUCCUGCUCAGGUUGGCGAGCACCCUCGGGCAACAUGGCCAGAGCGUCACUGAGCUGUGUGACCUGUGUCAAGCCUCCUUCAGCUCCUCCGUCCUGGUUCGAAUGUUGCAGUACUACAGCAGCUGGGCUCAGCUCAGAGACAGGCUCAUUGCACACUGGAAGCCACUGGGUUUGGUUGCAGUGGUUACCUCUGAUGACUGCACUCUCUAUCCCCUGAUGCUCAAAGUUUUGCCCGCGCUAGCCAUGGGUAACGCUGUCAUUAUUGUCCCUGGUCAGUGCACUGCAGCUCCAACGCUUCUGCUGUCUCAACUUUUCAUGGCUGCAGGCAUCCCUGCAGGGGCCCUCAGUGUUUUAACUGGCAGUGACAUCUCACUGGCUGCUGAUGUGGUCAUGAACCCCAACAUCAGCUAUGUCACCUACAGUGGCAACAAGCAGGACGGCAUGAAGCUGUGUAAAGCCACAGCAGGGAUGGGUGUCCCAGUCUCCGUAACCCCGACCAUCGGCGCCACAUGCCCCAUCAUUAUCUUUGAGUCUGCUGAUAUCAACAGUGCUGUGGAUGACGUGAUAGAGACUGCCUUCAAAAAGAAAAAAGAGACGCACUGGGUGCUGUGUGUACAGGAGAGUGUGUUAAACAAUGUGGUGGACCGUCUGCAGCUGCGCAUUGCAGGCUUGAAGUGUGUGCCUCUUCCCAGCUGUGAAGCCAGGUUGCUAGUGGACGCCGCAGUGCAGGAAGCUCAACACAAGGGGGCCACGUUGGUGCCGUCCUGUGCCGUCCCCUCUUCUGGACCCCAAUAUCCUCCUACAGUUCUCUGUGGAGUGGCCCCCUCCUUUCAAUGUGUGGUCACACCCUCUCCUGGCCCGCUGCUCCCUCUUAUGACCUUCAGAAGCAACACAGAGGCAGUGACGCUCGGUAAUCACAGUCCACAUGGCCAAGCAGCUUCUAUAUGGACUGAAGACCUCACUCUGGCUCUGGAGACGGCAAAGAGUCUGUCUGUUGGUUCAGUGUGGGUGAACUCCAAACCUCUAUCUGAUCCAUGUCUUCCUUUUUCGGGUCACAAAGACAGCGGCACCUGCACCGACGGAGGGCAGGAGGGUCUGUAUCAUUUUCUACAACCAGCUUUCACCUCUGCUGUUCGUCGUACUUCACCUCUUGCUAUGGACUACACAAAUUUUGGAACUGAUGCACCUCAAGUUAUAAUUCCGGAUGAAACUGGUACGGCAAAGUCCUACUUGCAGUUUGUUGCUGGCAAGGUAUGCAAGUCAGAGUCUGGCUGCAGUGUGGCAGUUUAUCCACAAGGAAGCGGCAGCGUGUUGUGCUACUGUCCCGACGGAGGCCGGAAAGAUGUCCGUAACGCCGUGGAGGCAGCUAUCAAAGUUCAGCCUGGGUGGAUGAAAAAGAGUCCAUCUGCACGCGCUCAGUCCAUUCAGUCUCUGGCCAAAGGCCUUGAGGGAAAAAGGCGAGAAAUAGCGACGUCAAUCAGCAGCCAAACUGGUCUCCCAUUGGAACAAGCCGACACGGAGGUGGAGCUCAGCAUCGCCAGGCUCAGUGAUUGGGCGGCCUACUGUGACAAAGUUUGCGGCAGAACUCUGCCUAUGCCACAGUCUGGCUCAGGUCUCUCCAUCCCUGAAGCGCUGGGCGUGGUAGGGGCGGUCCUACCUGAGAAGCAACCCCUCCACUCUCUGGUAACAAUGCUUGGGGCAGCCAUCGCCACAGGUAACGCCAUCAUCAUGGUACCCAGUGAGGAUUGUCCACUGCCAGCAUUGACUUUUAUUCAGGUGCUCCAGUCUUCAGAUCUGCCUGCAGGAUUGGUGAACGUCAUUACAGGAAGAAGAGACCAGCUAACAAAGGCUUUGGCGAAUCACAGCGUCAUCAAGGCCAUCUGGUAUUGGGGCAGUGAUGAGGGCUGCCAGUACCUGCAGCACACCUGCACCAGCCCUCUGAAAACACUGCGCCUGUUCGGGAAAGACGGCGACAGGGACUGGUCUCACGCCUCUGUCUUAGAGGAGAUGUGGAGGAACGCCGUCCAGUGGAAGAGUGUGUGGAUUCCUACAGCAUAAUGUCAAAAAAACAAGAAGAUAAAGGUUGUGUUUUCUUCUAAAUCUCAACUUAAUUGGUUUUACAUAUACAGUGGUACCUCAACUUGCGAGUAAUUCGGCUGUUUGCUAGAGCAUAAUUUUAUGUACGAACAUUUCCAAACAUUUGAAGUAGUAUUUGUCCACAGCUGUAAUUUAGAUUCUGUCGUUAAUUAUAGGCAGUUGAAUUCCUAAAUGUAGGCUGUCACUUUGCAACAGAUAAAAAUUAGCUUGAAGCUAUCGCUGGUCUGUGCAAUAAAUGUAUAGUGCAAUGUCCGUAUCACAUAAACAAACAGCCCGCAGCCAGAGAUCGACACAAUCCGGCUGUCCAACCACCGGAAAUUACAACAUGAGUGCGAAGGACGACACCCAUCAAAUCAAAACACCAAACCAUUAAAAACAUUUAGUAGACUCGAAAAAGUGUUUACAAUCAUCAGGGCCGUCAGUCUGCACCACCCCUAAGCAGAAUUUAGCGUCCACGCCAAAACAUCCACACGGUGGACAUUAAUCCAUGAAAAUAUAAAGAAGCUGCCGAAUGGUCUGCAGGACUUUUCUUAUAUGUUCUUUUCUCCUGACUUCACAAACUGGACGAAUGAGCAUUAGCCUUAUUCACUGGGUUGUUGCUGUCAACUCUGAUCUCGCCGGUACGUUACUCAAAGAGGUCUGUGGUCAACAUAAACAACAAAUUCUUAGUUCAUAGUAUUCUAGUUCAUACGAAAACAGUGUUGCCAGAUCCCAUGAGAGAAACAAGCAACCACCUGUAAGAAAAUAAGGCUAAAAUCGCUUAUAAUAAGCGAACUUGGCAACACAGGAUGGAGAAGGAGCCUGAAGGAGAUACUGCAUUAGUCCGGUUCUCAAGAUAAAUGCUGUACAAUAUUACAUAAUUUUAUAAAGAGUGUUUAUAGUAGAUUCUAUUGUAUUGACUUUCAAACAAUAUUUACUAUCUAAAAGUUUGUUGUUCUUUUUAAAAAGCAUGUUGCAUGUUAACAUUGUGAUCCUUGGGUGGGGGAAGACAAGCUUGCAUUAAAUUGAUUUCAGUUUAUUUCAAUGAACGGGACUGAUUUGAGAUACAAGUGUUUUGAGGUACAGUGUAUGCGCUCAAUCGAGGAAUGCAGUACGCUUCUAAUUGAAACACACUUAAGUUGGUCCUGUUUAUGUUUGUCGACAAAGUCAUCAAGUAGCUGUCCACUGUGUUCAUCUUAUUACUUGAAUUAUCCCGCUUAAAUCAACAUCAAAGUAUACGGUCGACGGAUUUUGUCGACAUAACAUUUGAGUGCUAAAGGGGCCAUUCCCAUUUAUAUCCCUUUUUGUUGAUGUGUUGUAGUAGAGGUGGUCCUCGUUUACGACGUUCCGUACGCGCUCCCAUAAAUGAAUUAAAAACUUGAUGUAGUUCCGUAAAUAUGAUGACUCACUCAAACUAGUUGUGGCGAGCUAUCCUUUCUUAGCGUAGCACAGUGAUAACAUCGGUUAUAGUCAACUUUUUGCAUUUGCUUAUGUUUCCCAAGUGUACUGUGACAGCUCAUAAAGCCUUUAUUGCUGAAGUUAAAAUAAACAUAAUGAAAAGUUAAGCUAGACGAGAAACGCCCAGCUAUAUUGGCUGCCUUUUUAGUCUCAACAAUUAAACUCACACCACUCAAAACACGUGUUUGUAACCCCAUGACCACCACCUGUAUCAUUAUCGCUAAGCAGCGUGAAACAACAGCAACAUACACCACAUUAAAACCGUGACUUCCUGUUCAGUGCAAAGUCGGAUUCAAAAUAAAAGUAUGGCAAUGUUCGCAGCAACUAACAAAAUUCAAACAUGCAGUGAAAUACCGCAGCAGCUUUGCUAGAUAGGAGUAUAAAUAUGAUAUGAAAGCACAGGAAUCUAAAUAAAAAUAUGCGCAAAUCAUUUAUUAUAUCCCUUUCUCCUUCUCCUUAUAAUUACAGUUUUGUCAACUGCAUAUGUUGACAUCAGUCAGCCAGUUGGAGGGAAGUCGACAUAAACCGGGUUUUACUGUAAUAUGAAGAUUUAAUGAAAGAUAUUACAGCUGUAAGUUUAUAAAUAUAUAUAUUGCAGUCCCAUAUUUUCCCCGUGAGUUAUGGACAUGUGCGUCCAACUAAUUCAUUAAAUGUAAGAAGACCCCUUCACAUAUAACAAGACUGAAGUGGAUAAUAGACCCCAGUGGACGCCACAGUCGUGCUUUGCUACGAGUUAUUUUCUAAAUUCUAUUGUGUUUCUCACAUUCUUUAUCAAAAUGCUGGCACUCGCAACUUAUUUUGGCCCCAUGGUGGCCUAUUUUGUGUUUACUCGUACUUAAUCGAAACCGAGACAUAUUUUUGAUUUCCUAAAAUGUAAUCAUACUAAAACCAAGGCAUAUGCAAUCUGAGGUACUGCUGUAUUUUGUUGCAUUGACAAAUCCAUGUGUGGAAUUUUUAUCAGUUAAAUGCGAGCCUGUCUGUGUAAAUGUAGCCUAUAAGAGAUUUAAAAUGCGCCGUAAAAAUCCAAUCAAUAGGUUGGUAAGCAAUGAUUGAUAAGGGCUGAAUCAAAUGAGGGCCAAAUGUCGUGUUGUAGUGUUUUUCAACAGCAGAGAGUAGACUGGCAAAACAGUUACUGUUCCUCAAAUGGCAAUCAAAACAAUAAUGGUGAUAUUUUCAUGACGUAUUGACCGUCUGCCGCCUCUCCUACCUCAUUAGGUUUUAUAUGUACAGUGUGUGACACAACUCUGUAUUAAUAAUAACAAUAGAAAGCAUUUGGAUGAAACAUGAAGGUUCCACUUUUUCUUACGAGAGCAGUAUUGUCAAAGGUGAAUUGUGCCAACUGUGUCUUGUCAAAAUAAUAUAUGCUUUCUUUAUAAACAUGCUUUGUAAACAUUCCACUGCCAAAUAAGCGGCAGUUCUUUCUGAUUAUGUGCUGAACAUGUUAAUUUUCCCUCUGGGAUAAAUAAAGUGAUUCUGAUUCUGAUUAAAAAGUAUAAUGAAAAUAUAACUUUACUUGCUGCCCUGUUUUAU